CGAUGAUUAUAGUCGCGUUCAGUCAGUCAUUCGGUGAAGUAAACGAAAAAUUUUAUCAAACAGAACGCCAAUGUUCCUUUGUGUUGAAUGUAUUGCAGCUGCACAUCAAAGGUGUUCAUAACAUUUUGUGUUUGUCUGCAUGUGUGCGCGUAUAUGUGUGUGUGCUUUUGAUCCUUGCACACGGCUUGGAAGGUGCUUCUAGUCGGUGAACAAAAAAAAAAAUAAAUAAAAAAUAAGCAAAAAACUCGGUGCUGCCCGUUACAAAUAAUCUUUUGUUUGUUUGUAACACUUCAUAGUUAAAUAAGUAACACCAACAACAACACACACAUACACACAAAAUGACGCGACCGAAAGAGGAUUCAAAAUUUAAAGCAUUCCUGCGAGAGAACUCGCUGACUAUGCUCACAGUGACCGGCGUGUUCCUGGGCGGCUUAGUUGGCUUCAUCAUUAAGAACAGCACAGGCGAGUGGACGAAGCGUGAGAUUAUGUACAUAUCUUUUCCCGGUGAACUUUUUUUGCGCAUGCUAAAAUGUUUAAUUGUGCCAUUGUUGGUUUCAUCCAUAACGAGCGCCAUUGGUGGGCUCGAUCUGAGUAUGUCAGGGAGGAUUGCCAUACGAGCUAACGCUUAUUAUUUUGUUACAACCAUUUCGGCGGUUGUUUUGGGUAUUUGCCUAGUCACAACAAUACGACCCGGACAGGGUGCCAAAAUAGUGGAAAUACGCACCGAAUCUGUGGAUAAAGCAUCUAAAGUGCUAACUCCUGAUACGCUUAUGGAUUUAGUGAGGAAUAUGUUUACGGAUAACAUUAUUCAAUCAACGAUGUUUCAGUAUCGCACGGAAAUCUUCGAAAACACGAGUAUAAGUCCACCGGUACCCAUGGAAGAGUGGGACUUCAAGUCAGCACAACGCGAAGGCUCAAAUGUACUUGGCUUGGUAAUGUUUAGCGUCAUUUUGGGCACAACCAUUGGGCGCAUGCGUGAGAAAGGUCAACUGUUACAAGAUUUCUUUACCUCACUUAGUGAAGCGAUGAUGACAAUAACGUCUUGGGUUAUUUGGAUCUCGCCGCUCGGUGUGGGUUUCUUGAUAGCUGCCAAAAUAAUUGAAAUGGACUCCAUUGCUGCAACUAUACAAUCUUUGGGUUGGUACUUUAUAACGGUAAUGCUGGGUCUCUUCCUGCAUGGAUUUGGUACCAUUGCUGUGAUAUUCUUCUUGGCCACUGGUACGUUGCCAUAUCGUUACAUUGCCAAAUUGAGUCAAGUCUUAGCCACUGCCUUUGGUACCGGCUCUAGUUCGGCUACCAUGCCAUUGACAAUUAAAUGUCUCGAUGGUAUGGGCAUUGAUCCGCGUGUAACACGUUUUGUCAUUCCUGUCGGCGCAACAAUCAACAUGGACGGCACAGCAUUGUAUGAGGCGGUGGCAGCGCUUUUUAUUGCCCAAUAUCGUGAGAUGAGCUAUUCGUUUGGUAAUAUUGUGGCGGUCAGUAUUACGGCUACAGCUGCGUCGAUAGGUGCAGCUGGUAUACCACAGGCGGGUCUCGUAACUAUGGUGAUGGUGUUGGAUACAGUGGGAUUGGAACCGAAAGAUGUCUCACUGAUCAUAGCUGUCGAUUGGUUGCUAGAUCGCUUCCGUACCACCAUCAAUGUUAUGUGUGACGCACUAGGCACUAUAUUGGUCAAUCAUCUGUCGAGAAACGAUUUGCGAAGUGUCGAUAGGUUGAAUGCCGAACCCCAUGAGCUCCUCGAACUCGGUGCGAAUGGAAAUGAAACGAAAGAAUGAAGACGAACCCUGCCUACCCCUCCCCGUAUAAAACCGAAGCCCAAACAAGGACACACCACACAACGUUGAACAUUGGCUGCAUAAUGCGAGGCGCUUUGGCGCGUUUAAGUGUUACGAUGUGUGUUUGUGUGCAUGCGUGCGCCUAUUGGCAAUGUAAUAAUGUCACGCUGUGAACUUUACAUGGCUAACAACUGCUUCUGCCUGUGUCUAAAUAUUUGUGCUUUCAAAGUACAAGUACACCGAAUUUAUUUACAUAUAUGUAUGUAUGUAUUUAUGAAGGAAAUAUGAUUUUUUGAAGCCAAAAAGGAAAAAUAUACCAAUGUACAAGAAUGUGUGCCAGUUUGCGUAGGCAAAGGAAUUACAAAGUAUUCAAUAAGAUAUGUAAAUAUAAAAAAUAAUACGUUUUUUCUAAAAAAAAAUACUUGUAAAAGUUAUUGAGCGAUAAAGUUAAUUUAAAAAAUUUUAAUUUUAAUAAACAAAAUAAUCAAAAUAAAAUUAUUUUGAAAAAUAAUUUAAUUUCGAAAAACCAAGAACGCGCAGCAUAUGAAAUAUGUAGCAGAGAAUAAUAGAAUUGCCAGCAAAAAUAAAGUCAAGCAGAUGUAUAGAUUUAGAAUAUGUACUGUUAGAUAUUGAUGUUAUCACAAAAGAAAAAUUAAACUAAAAUUAAAAAAUAGCGAACUAGUUUGUAAUACUCAAAUGCUGGAAAUUUCGUAAAUCCCUGAUAAUUUGUUGUUUUUCAUUUCAAAAUACCAGCAUUUACCUUACACGUGCAUACGUAUGGCUAUGUAUAUAUGUAUAUAUGUACAUAGUUACGUAUGUAUGUAUGUAACUGUAUGCAUGUAGUGCUUUGAAUAGCAAAGAAAAGAAAAAUUUAGCUUUAAAAAAGUUAAAACGACUAGCCAAAAAAAUUUACUGUUUCAUUAUAUAUGUAUUUAGUCAUAAGAGAUUUUUAAAUAAAAAAAUAUUAGAAAAUAAAAUUAUUAAAAAGACAAGCAAAUUGAUUGUAUUCGCGAAAGGAAUUAGAUGUUAAAAUGCAUAUAAAUUCGUAUAAGUAGUACUAUAACUAAAACUGCAGUUCAAAUUUAACCUUCAUUAAAAUUUGCUUUACAGUUUUAACAAAUAUAUGUAGCAAUAGCCAACAAAAUUUUUACAUAAAAACAUAUUGACUAAAUAAAAUAUUUAAAUAUUUACCGAAGAGCUAAUAACCCUGCAAACCAAAGUUCCCGAAAUCUUAAGGAAAUCGUUAGGAGUAUCUCAUUUCUGUAACGAUUUUUUUACGAAUUUUCAAAGAAAAUUAUAUGAAGUGGUUGACACGAACUCGUAAAGAAAUUGCUGUACGAAAAAUAAAGAAAAUUCUGGAAAAAUUCUGAAAGAUAUUCUUUACAUAGCAGCAUUAGUUUCGUUGCUUCACAGAUUUUCUUCCGAAAUUUCGUAAAAGAAUGGAAGUGUGCGUAAUUUAUUUCAUUUUAGAAAAUUCGGCAAAAAAUCGAAUUAAAUCUUAACGAAUUCUUUAAAAUUUCUUUACAAUGCAGAAUACUCUGAAAAAAUGGUUUGCAGGGAAACCGUUUACGUACAUAUGUUUGUAUGUAGAUGCGUAAGCAGUUUCGAUAAAUUCACAAUUGUUUCAAAUGCCGAAUGUCAUUGAGAAAGUUCAUAUUAAGAACUUGUAAAUACUUAAUAGUUUAAGAUCGAUUUAUGACAAUAAAUAUACAAACAAGUAUAACAAAAACGCACAAAAAUAAUUCAGAGGCAUACAUAAAUAACGACAUAUUGUCACUAGACAUAAAUAAAGGCGCGAGCUCAAAAGUUGACCGCGAAAAAAGUAGUAAUUUCCCCAAAAAGUUUUUGGGGAAUGAUGCUGAGAUUGUAGUCCUUGGCCAGGUAUAAAUCUAUGUUCACGCGAAAUUUUUCAUAAACGUCUUUUUUCGCCUUUAUUCGUGUCUAGUGACGAUAUAGUCAUACUCACAAAAAUAAAUAUUUAAUAACGAACGAAAUUGGGUCCGAUAAAUAGAAAAAAACCUAAAUACUUACUAUAAUUCGCAUUAGUUUCAUAUAGUUCAUCAAUAAAAAUUAAAAUUAUAAAUACAUUAAUUAUUAGAAAUAAAAA